AGUUAUGUUGUAUUAAAUGAAAACAUAAUACAUUAAGACCAGCAUGUGUGUACCAGGUAGCUUUCAGUCUACCAGUGUAACAAUGUAUAUCUAAUCCUUUACAUCGGCUAUUGGGUGUCAAACUAUAGUAAAUGCAAAAGUAAAGUUAUGAACCACAUCAAUAUAACAAUUCAACAGUUAAUGAUUAACCAUGAAGUCCAGCACUAUUUGGCAGAUACUUGUGCUUACAGGUAUUCUAACAAAACAUUCAUCUCAAGCUGCCACUAAGGCGUGCCCAACAGAAUCAACAAAAAAUACUAAUUUCCCAGUGGUACACAUGUGUAACGACAGGGAUGUCAGUGGUGUUCAAGGACUAUUUCUAGACGCGUUCGUAUCUGCCAACAGUUCAACAAACUGCACCUGUUCACUUCGGACAAGACAGUACCUCCAGAUUGACAUAAGUAUCAUUAAACUUCCACAACCUACAUGCACAUCAACAUUAACUAUAUCAUUACAAAGACCAAUAAUUUAUAACUGCAAAAUUGUUACUGGGUUAUCUGUAUCAGUUUAUAGGCGGACUGUUCAUAAUGAGGAUCUUUUCAUCAAACUGAAGACAUUGGCUGGACACCAAGACGCUGCGUACUGCAUCAAUGUAUACAUUUCGGGUGGUUCAGGUAAUCUGAGUUUCCAGUGUUAUUCGCCAAAUGAGAUAUCAACCACCAGCCCAUCAACCACCAGCCCAUCAACCAGUUCAAGCGUUAGUUCAGCCACUAGCUUGACUACCACCACAAAUGUCAGCUCGGUAAGCUCCACACAUCCAGAAAGAUCAAGCUCUGUACUGGUCUCGUCAGAGUCAAUGUCAACUGUUAUCACAGAGAAGACUAACUCGCCACCAGACUCGCCUGUUGCAGCUGCAAUAGGUGGUGUCACUGGUGCAGUUCUCAUAGUCGCUGUAGUGGCUGUUGUGAUUAUCACUUAUAUAAGGACAAAACGAACACCAGACAAACAAAACACCGAUGAUGAAGGAGAUUAUGUCAACAGUGAUGUUAACUCUAAUAACGAUGCCGUCAAUGUUAACUCUUUUAACAGUAACAAUGUUAACCCUUAUAAUACUGAUGGCAACACUUACGAACAUCUACAACACAACACUGUACAGUACGUUAACACGUCAUCAAGUGUUGACGGAGACCACGUGUACCUCCACGUCAGCGAACCAACACAAGCAAGGGCAGAGGAUCCAAAGACGUCAGCUCACGUUUACUACAAUACUGUGAAAAACGACUGAAUCAAACAUUUAUGAUACACGCCAGUAGAUACUGAAGAAAGGAAAAUAAAUUUAUUACACUGUUUAUUAAAGCA